UGUUCCAAGUUUUUCUCCAGUCAGUUUGGACUUUUUGUUCCCCGAAUCCUCCGAAACUAAACCAGCUUCUGGACUGUUUCUCCCCCACUCAGCAGCUUCUGCUUUUACGCACGAGAGGAGCAUGUGGUGAUUUGAUUCCUUUUACAUUUACAACAUCAGCCCGUAAAAAAUGGCAAAACCUUUGGAUCACAUUAAGAGGCCCAUGAACGCCUUCAUGGUUUGGUCCAGAGGGCAGAGGAGGCGGAUGGCCCGGGAGAACCCCAAGAUGCACAACUCUGAAAUCAGCAAGCGGCUGGGCGCGGAGUGGAAGCGGCUCUCUGACCCGGAGAAGCGGCCGUACAUCGACGAGGCGAAGCGGCUGCGGGCUCAGCACAUGAAGGAGCAUCCGGACUACAAGUACCGACCCCGGCGCAAACCCCGGAGCCCCCUGAAGAGGGACCGCUUGGUUUUCCCGCUGCCGUCUCUGCUCGGCGACGCAGCGGAACACCUGAAAGGGGUUAACCUGGACUCUUUGAUCGUUUCCGGGGACAAACCCAGAACUCUGCUCUCUCCCUCCUCCUCCUCCCCCUCUUCGUUCUCGCUCUGUGAGCCUGUCACGCAGUUCAGCACCGGAGCUGUCCAGCGGAUUGCGGAGAUGCCGCACGCUCUGGCCGCAGGCGCGCUGCCCUACGGCGCGCACGCCUUCGGCUACCAGGGCGGAGGGUACGGGGGGCUGGCAAGCCCCGGACAGCACCAGCUUCCGUCCAGCCCAGCCGGGUACGUGGUUCCCUGCAGCUGCAGCGCCUGGUCCGCAGCCUCCCUGCACCCUCAGGUGGCGUACAUCCUGCUCCCAGGAGGGAUGAGCAAGGGUGCCGUGGACUCGUCAUACACUCCAUCAAACUCCCCCAGCAUGUGACAGACUGGAAAACCAGAAACUACUAUCAAAUAUUCCUCUAAAGGAAGAAUCAACAAAUGUGGCUGGAAAGGUGUACAAAGGAGAAGUAACAUCUUAUAAUAACUCCAAGCUUUUGAAGAAACAAAAUAAAACCAGCUGAAGAAAGUUUUAUGUGCGAACAUAUCUCCUUUUUUAUUACUUGAAAAUGCACUAAGACAAUGUAAUCACUUUCAUAUGUUGCUUUAAAACCAAGAAGGGAAGAAAGAAAAACUGUUCUGAACGACUUUCGUAAAUCUGACAUUUCUUCCUGUUUCUCACCUGAACGCGAUUCCUAUCAAGGUAUGCUUCUUUGUUUUCAGAACGAAUAAAACAGAUAUUUAGAUGAUAUCUGUGGAGCUGAAAAUCUAUUAAUCUGGUGUCAUUCAAAGAGA